AUGGCCACUGUGGACAUCAAGGCAGUGCCCCUGGACAUGGCCCAGAACUCCUUUGAUGACCAGUACCUGAAGUGUAGCAAUAAAAUGACUGAGAAGUUGCCAGAACUCAAGCGCUCCGAUUUCCUCAAGAAUGGCACAUUCGAAAAGAUCUGGAAUAAGGCCACAGCCGUGUGUGAGAAUCAAGGCUACUGUGCAUCCACUCUGACCAAAGACCAGGCCAUCGCCCUCCUGGUCUACACAAUGGGGGAUGUGUAUAGUGACUUCAAUACAGCCGUGCGCACAGCUGGAAAGUCCAGCCAGCAAUACCAGGACAAGUUCUACUUCAAAACACUGCAUUUCCUGCUGACCAAUGUCCUCCAGAAGCUGAGACGCCCUAAUGAGUGUCUGAAUGUGUUCCGGGGGGUGAAGGAUGUCCAGUUUAAGGUGAACGCUGGAGAUAAAGUCCGCUUCGGUCAAUUUGCUUCGUCGUCACUGGACAAAAGUGUGGCCCAGGGUUUUGGGACAGACACAAUGUUCGAGGUGCAGACCUGCCACGGAGCAGACAUCCACAACUUCUCCUUCAAAAAACAUGAGAAGGAGGUGCUGAUCCCGCCCUUCGAGACCUUUGAGGUCACUUAUGUCAAGAAAGAACAAAGCACAUUGAACAUUGGUCUUCGCUCCACUGGGAUCUUCAGCAACUACGACUGCGAGUGGUUGCGAGGUGGGAGCCUCCCCAGGAACUCCCCCCACCUUGGGGGCUUUCUCCUGGCUACUGUGGCCAUGGCAGUGGCCAUUGGAACCCUCUGA